AUGGCCGAGGACACGGGAGGUGCUGGACAAGUCUUUAUUCAUCAAGCGAAUCCGGCACCUACUCUCCAUGACCUGCUAAGUUCUGUUGUCAACGAUGAGGAGUACUUCAUGGGACACCGAGAGCGCGGUGUGGCGCUCGUCUUCAGUCACAAUAACUUCGAUGUUCGGCGACACGCUGACGGAGACUACCAGCCUGCUGUGAGAGACGGCACGGAAGUCGACAGAGACGCACUCCGGAACACAUUCACAACGCUCGGCUUCGAAGUUCUGUGUUUCAACGAUCGGUGUCAUGAGGAAAUAUGCAGCGAACUCAGGUAUGUGGCGGAGCAGAACCACGACAGUCGCGACUGCGUUGCAGUGGCGGUGCUCUCCCAUUGCGGGAGGGACGGGCAGCUGAGCGCCAGGGACCGCGAGUACCACGUCAGCGAGCUGUGGCAGCCGUUCGCUCCCAGGCGCUGCCCGAGCCUCGACGGGAAACCCAAGCUCUUCUUCAUACAGGCAAGUAGAGGACGCGGCCUCAAUCUCGAUGUGAAUAUCAGCAACAUCGUCAGCGACACCUCGGACGAGGGGCGUGAUUCCUACGCCGACAUCCUAGUCUCGUAUUCUGCAUUCGAAGGAGUCACACCCACCCGUGACACACAAAAUGCCUCGCGGUUUGUGCAGACUCUGCACGACGAACUGGUAGCCCAUAGGGGAGUCAAGGACCUGGUAUCGUUGCUCACAGACGUGAACCGCACCGUGGCUCAGCAAGUACGCUUACGCACCGACAGGGAGCGCCUGUUACAUGGCGGGCUGCUUCAACCCUGCUUCACCUCAACCUUGAUGCGGCGUGUCUACUUCCGCUAGAUCAAUCCAAUGCACUCACCUGGCCCCCGGCAGUGACACCCUACGUGUAGCCGCUAGGACCUGACAACAAUGCAUCUAUCUCAGCCCCAGAAACUUCGACUUCUGCAAGCAAUCAAACGGCUGCAGUCUUCCUCCAGUCUAUGUUGCUGCAAUGAGACACAUUCUCGUUUUGAUCGUCACAGUUCAACUGAUUUACAGUAACUCAUUUAGAAGAUGUAUCAUAAUGCUGUAUUAUUAAUUUGUGUAUACUUAGAAAUUAGAUAUGGCUGCAUGCUCACUCUAGGCACAUGUAUAAGAGAGCUAUCAAAGGAUGCACACUACAAAAAUUGUUUAUACUGAAGUGGAAUGUUGGAAACCCAUUGACUUCCUCUUGACUGUUGCUCUUGGUAGGGGAGUAGAAAUGAAAUCACCAACAUAUUGUCGAAAUGAAGGCCACUUCCAUAUUAUGGAUUUGGAUUAUACAUUCUACACACAUUUCUUUUAAAAAACACUGUAAACUACAAUGAUGCAAUCUUGUAUACAUUUUAUGAGACACGCAACAGCCUCUUUUUUCUUUAAUGUUCCCACAACUCUUCAUAAACAAUAAUAUGCACAUUGUUUCUUUUAACACAUGCUGUGUGGACUUAUUCAGAGUAAUGCAGUACGGUGAUUUCUGAUAUUCAUUGCAACACAGACCAACAAAGCCCUGCAGGCUUAGUGUAGGUUAUAACAUAGAUAUUACGAGUAUGAUGUCCCUGUGUCUCCUGCAAGUGUCUCAUUUUUGAUUAUUAGUAUUCCAUUCUGUUCCACUGGAGAUUUCUUACGCUAUAUGUAAUAUGAGUUUGUUGCAACCUCGAAUACAUCUAAUCUUGGCAUAUCAUCAGUACUGGUACUAUGCUUUACUCUUGUAUUUAUAUUUACGAUACUUUACAACUUCAGAAAUUAAGUUAGUAAACUGUAAUCUGAGAAUCAGUUAUGAUUGAGUGUUAAAUUUUGAAAAACAGAUUCAAUGAGAAAAAAACAUUAAACGAUUCCAUGUGAUGCCUGGGACACAGAUAGACAAUACCUCUGAGACUUUCUUAAUUCCAUCUUUCCUUUCCCCCUAACAAAUACUUGCCCUUCGUUGCAAAUGUAUAAAAUAAUGCAGAGGCUGUGGUACUGGAUUAGCACUCAAAAGGUGCAGGGUUCAAAGCCCCAUCUAGAUUUAAAUUUUCUGAGAUUUCGGUAGAGUGUUUAAGGAAAAUUAUAGAUGAUUUUCUUUUGGUGUCACUGCUGAAUUCUAUUCUCACCUUUGUCCAACUUAAUCUUGUUCUCCAUCAAGAAUCACAAUUUUGAUGCAAUUAUUUUAGUAUGAAAACAUUCUUAUUUUAUUGUCUUAUAAAAAUGUAAAUUUAUUCCUGUAUCUUUACACAUUUUUAUUAAGAGCAUUUUUAUUAAGAGCAUCUCUAAUGCUUAUAAAUAUAUAUUUGCAUUGUAUAUCUAUCAAGGUUUAUCUGUUAGUUUAUUUUGAAAUAUGUCUGUGGCAAUACCAAUUUAUUGUCACAUACAGUUGCUUUCUGCUAUUCUGUAAAACGUAAGUCAAUCUUGUAUUCAUAUAUAGACAUUAAAUUUACUAUAUUUCAGUCUUAAAAAUUAGGAACAUUGCAUAUUAACCUUAAACUUGUGCGUCUGUAGGC